AGCAAAAUGUCGAGUCAAGAGAAGUCUGUGCAGGAGUUUGUAGCUGUGACUGAUGUUGACGAGGACAGGGCCCGCUUCUUCUUGGAGUCCGCUGGUUGGAAUUUGGAGCUUGCACUUGGUAGUUUCUAUGAAGAUGGAGCUGAUGAUGACAUUGUAUCAUUGCCUCAACCUGACGGAGGCUCCUCAGUGUCCAGAUCCACUGGCCCAAGCUCUCAGCAUAGAGUGACAUCAUUCAGCGAUUUGAUGCACGAGGCAGAAGAAGAGAGUGAUGAAGAGGAAGGUCAGAGGUUCUUUGCAGGGGGAUCAGAGCGCAGUGGGCAGCAAAUAGUAGGGCCUCCUAAAAAGAAGAGUCCUAAUGAUGUUGUCGAAGAUCUAUUCAAAGGGGCCAGAGAACACGGAGCUGUGCCUUUGGAGCGCAGUGGGAAGGGGGCAGGAGAAUCCAGCAGAGCCAAAGCCUUCGAUGGAGGCGGUUACAGGCUGGGAGCAGCUACCGAGGAGGAGUCAACAUAUGUUUCUGCUGGGAGACGCGAUCCCAAUGCUUUACAGGAUGUGCAUGUGGUACUGAAACUCUGGAAGACCGGUUUUAGUCUGGAUGAUGGCGAACUCCGAAACUACAAUGAUCCUGGCAACGCUCACUUCCUUGAGGCAAUCCGCAGAGGGGAGAUUCCUUUAGAGCUGAGGCAACGUUCUCGGGGCGGCCAGGUAAACCUGGACAUGGAAGACCACAGGGACGAGGACUUCAGCAAACCCAAAAUAGCUUUCAGAGCCUUUGGAGGGGAGGGACAAAAACUAGGAAGUGCCGCUCCAGAAUUGGUUUCAGCCCCUGCCACCUCUCAGCAGGACCAGGCUGCGAACGAAGCCCAAGCCAGUGCCUCUGUGAGCCUGGACACCUCCCAGCCUAUCACGAACAUUCAGAUUCGACUGGCAGAUGGCGGCAGGUUGAUUCAAAAAUUCAACCACACCCACAGGGUGUCUGACCUGCGGCAGUUUGUGGUGACGGCCCGGCCAACCAUGGCCGCCAGAGCGUUCGUUCUGAUGACCACCUUCCCGAACAAAGAGCUGGCGGACGAGAGCCAGACGCUGCUUCAGGCCAACCUCCUCAAUGCUGUCAUUGUACAGCAGCUACAAUGA